AUGGCACAUCCGUUACCAUUCGCAUCAUUCCCAUAUCCUCCAUGGUAUCACUUUCCACACUGGCCGUUUCUACGACCGCAGCCAAUGUUUGCACCACCUCCUUAUCCUCCACGGGGAUCGACUCUUCCAACCACCUUUGUCUCCCAAUAUCUGAGCAAGACGGACCCGCUUGUUCUUCUCAUUCUCGUCCUCGCAACGCAUGAUGUCAGCUCCAAAUGGGAGGAAAUGGUGGAGGCGAGCCGCCUGCUACCCGACAAUCGCCUGUGGAUGAAAGAUCGCGACGAGCUCGCUCUCAACCUGGUCUCUCAUACCGACAUCGCGGAGGAAUUGCGGAGCCUCUUGGAUCUGAAGGGCCGGGUCAACCCCUGGGAUUGGUUGCAUCCACCUGGACAACCAGACGUGCGAGACCCUAGUCCUAGCUCUCCGCAUGAAGGAAGUGCGAUACUAGCUGAGCGAGCAUGCCUCAAGCGACGACGUAAUAGCGACCCGGGCAGUGACAGAAGCGGCCUUUGGAUGAGGAACUUGGUGGAAGCCCAACGAGCCGGCAAUAUAUAUUUUUUUGAUCGGUACUUGUCCAUGACCAGGGACGUUGAAAACUGGAGAGAGAACGUCUCCCCCAUUUCCCCUACGGGCCCGCCCACCCCACCAAGUAGUGCCGACACGAGCGCUUCGAGACGCAGAUGCAGAAGACGAUCUCCGUUGGCGAAUUACGAAAGUGGCAUGGGCGUCAUCCAGAGCAUAGAGGAAGAUUACACCAUGGGGUCGCAGAACAGACGGGCUUCGGCGAACGGACAGUCUUCGAAUUACGAAAGGGUCGAGGUUUCACCCGGUGAUUUGGAGGACGAGCGCACUAGACGUUUACGGUCCUGCACUCCUCUUGAGGAAUUGUUGGAUCAAGCUACGCGAGUUCGAUUUGAGCCUGUUCAUUCGGCCCCGGAAAGUGUGUGCUCCAUGGAAACUGUGACUGUGCGUCCAAGGGGUCACUCUGAUCCGUAUAAGUGA